AUGGUCGAGCAUAUUAUGAUGUCAAAUCGAAAACGAAUAGCUGUUGUUGCACAUAAUAACAAGAAAACAGAACUUAUUGACUGUCUCAAACAACAUCGUGAAGUUCUCUCUCAACAUGAACUGUUCGGAACUGGCACAACAGGAUCUCUUGUAGAAAAAGAACUUAAUCUACCAGUGACCAAGUUUCGCAGUGGUCCGUUUGGCGGGGAUCAACAAUUAGGAGCAAAAAUUGCUUCCCAUGAACUCGACAUACUUUUCUUCCUAAUUGAUCCUUUGGAUUCUCAUCCUCAUAAUUCUGAUGUCCAAGGUUUAUUAAGAUUAGCACAAGUAUGGGGUAUUGUCUGUGCUACAACAGCUGGUUCGAUUGAUUUUAUUCUGACUUCGCCGAAAAUGUUCGAAUCAUGUACAAGGCGUGUUCAUUCAACUCUUGUUUCACCAAUAGCUGCUAAAGGCGAGAAAAAAACAUUAAUACCUAUCGAAACACGAUGCGUUCCUGUGCUUAAUGAAAAGUCAAAAUUGAAACUGCCACGUAUAUCACCUUCGCGAUCACGUCUAGUGACUCAUCAGACUAUUUUCAAGAAAUGUUAG